CCUGUCUCUCUGGUGGUGUAGCUCACUUCCUGUGCCUCUUCUGCUUCAUUUGCUUCACAUUCUCUGUCAUCUGUGAGACUUUUGUUCUCACAGAAAUGGAUUUUGUGAUGACAGAGCCAACUUAUAAACUUCUUAUCUUUUUAUUCAUGAUACGAGGAAUGUACGGAGAUAUUAUAAAUUAUUAUCCCACCGCAACUGCUGUGGAGGGACAGAACAUCAGCCUGCGGUGCAUUGUGGGAGAGGAGCAAAACCUCACAAUUAUCCAGCUGGAAUGGAUUAAACAGCAACAGGACAAAGAGAUGAUUGAUCAGAAGAUUGCAGUGUUCCAUCCUGGAUACCCAAUAAAUUAUCUUCAAUCUGGUUUUCUUCUGGAGACAGUGACCAGUUCAAAAACUGGGAAGCUGCAGGGCUCAAUCCUGACUCUGCGUGAAGUUAGAGUGAAUGACACUGGAAACUAUAUUUGUGAAAUUACUUCUUAUCCCAGUGGAUCAAUUAAAAGAAUCACAAAGCUGCAAGUUACAGAGCCUCCAGCAUCAGUGAAGAUGCCAUAUCCAUAUGGAUUCAUAAAAGAGGGGGAUGAUAUGAAAAUAACUUGUUCAGCUAUCCCUCGACCACUCCGUUAUAAACUGAAACGUUCAAAGAACAAGAUAUUUUGGCUGGAAAGCUCAAACGGAGAGUUCACUUUACCACAUGUCACCAGAAAUGACAGCGAUGUGUACAUCUGUUUACCUGAAUGGGACUCAUUAACCCCAAAUCUGCAAGGACUCAAUGCCACCGUCGAACUGACUGUCAAUUUUCUUGAUGGCAUUGAGUGUAACACAAGCAGCUCUUUAAACGUCAGCGCUGGUGAAGAUGUGGCCAUUUCUUGUAUCGCAAAAGCUUCACAGUACUUGCAGUAUAAGUGGAUGAGGGGUGACACAACACUGUCUCUCUCAGACACUUUGUCUCUGACCUCCGUGACAUCUGAGCAGUCAGGAACUUACAAACUGACAGCUGUCUUUCUGGACAAUCAACUCCAGACAGACAUGGAGAUUUCUAUCCAGGUUCUCUCAAAGCAAAGUGAAGGAAUGACUACACCUUUGCCAGUAAGGACCACCAAACAUCUGAGCAGCUUUACCUCCGAUGGGACCAGCUCAUGGAGCACUGAUACCAGCGAGUCUACAUCAGAAUCUGGUCACUUCCUAACCAGCACAGUGAAACCAAAUGCCACUCUGACAACCUUACAACCCAGAGACACCAGCCAUCCCACUCUUCUCACUGACAGCUCUUCUCCUCCACCUGUUGGCAAUGCCUCUACAUUACAUGCAAGCACUGUAGAAUCUAUCAACACCUCUACCGACAUCUUGAGCACAACUCCAGAUCCAGCUACAAGAGGAAGAGAAAACCCCACCACAGUUACAACACAGAAAAGCAUCACCGCUUUUACAACACCAAAAGCCUCAAAAAGCUCAGCAUACAUCUUUGUCCCGAUUGUGUUGCUGUUGCUCGGGUUGAUUGUGCUUCUAUACAGAAGACACCAGAACCAAAAAAGAAUGGAUAUGCCUCCUCCAUUCAAACCUCCCCCACCACCAGUGAAAUACACGUCAAUGAAAAACCAUGAUGUCCCUAUGACUGACAUUCUAGUGGAAUGUAUCAUACUCUUGAGAAGGCACAAACUCUGGGCCAAAAAUAUGCUGACGAGAAGAUUUUUCCCUAAAGGCCGCACCCAGAAAUGAAAAUUGUUUCAUGAAUAACUCAUCCUCAUGAAGUUUCUUUCAUCUACAGAACACAAAUUAAGAUAUUUUUAAUGAUACCUCAGAGAUAUCUGUCCUUCCAUUUAAAUUCCACACAACCAAUACUUUGAUGCUUCAAAAAGUUCAUAUAUUAAAAGUUCAAGGUA